GCCACCUCAGAGAUGUGAAGAUGUGAAGGCGUCAUUUGAGACACAACCUUUGAAACUGUUCAUAGUUGUUGCUUGUUGAAAAUGGCAGCACCAGGCUUCAAUUAGUGCUCGUUUUAAGUUCAUACAUGAAUUUUACGUUUACCUCUCGUUUGUAAAGGAAAACUCUUCCCUUUACCUCGUAAGACGUGAUGGUUAAUUAUUUACACGUCUGGCAACCUCUUUUGGAUUGUUCUACUCAGGUCGUGAUUUGGGGAAAAAAGUUGGGAAAUCAAUAGCUACGCCACUUUAUAGAGUCAUACUGUUUAAUUAAAAUUAAAUUUAUGCUCGGGAAUUGACUAAUGUGAAAUCAUUCCGAGAGACAGCCAAAAUGUUAACAGGAUCUUGAGUAUUAACAUGGGUUUAGUAUGCAAUGUGUGUAAAUUUUUGAGCGCCAUUACCUUGGCCCUUAUAAAGCAUUGGCUAGGGGUUCAUUUUAAUGCAGAGGUCUAACUGUGAUUUAGGAGGCUUGGUAACCCGAAUUAGUUGAUGAAUUUUCUAUCGAUCCAAAACAAGGCUAGAUUUAUCUCUGACAAUGUUUGGCUGUCUGUUACACGCUCAGUCUUAUCCUCUCACUUCUAUUAGUAAAUACAUUCAAAGUCCGCAGAAGAUUGCAUCAUCAUCAUGUCGCAUUCAUUUUCAUGAGUGCAAGCCAAAAUUUGUCCAAAUUAAAAUUUGACUGAUAGACGAAGACUCCCCUGCUUGCUCUAAACAAGUUUAAAUAUUGAGGGGAAAGAAAGAGGAACGAGAUCAUGUCAUGAUGAACUAGCAAGUAGAGCAAAGCUCACACAGCCUCGCACCUGGAGCACCCUGCUGCUGCCUGCUCCGUUAAAAUGAUCCCUGUUAUUGGUGCGAUUCUGUCGUGUGUUUACAGUGUGCGAGCAGGCAUAUGAAAAGUAUGCAGCUGAUAAUCGAACAUCGUACACCAUACACAACACAGAUGAUGCUUCGGCUGCGCUGGGUCUAAUCCCAUUUCCUUAUCCGGGAAUCGCUGGGAUCCACGCCAUUGGCUCUUGGUGUCACAUGGACUUUUAACUUUGUUCACUUGACAGAUGGUAGGAGGGUUUUAUGAAACAGGAAAACGAGUGAAGGGAUAGAAAUAAAUUUUUUCGUGUAUUUUUUGUGGUGCAAUUCAGAGAAAUUAAUGGCCAUGAGUUCCUUCUUGAUAAACUCCAACUAUGUAGACCCGAAGUUUCCACCGUGCGAAGAAUAUUCGCAGAAUGACUACCUACCCAGCCAUUCUCCAGACUACUACAGCGCCCAGAGGCGAGACUCUGUUUUCCAGCAUGAGGCGAUGUACCACCAGCGCUCGGGCUGCGCCGACCCUCCGUACUCCUCGUGCCAGGGUCCCGGGGAGCCCACGGUGGUCAUGUCUCCGCGGGGUCACGUCCUGCCCGCGAACGGGCUCCCCACUCCGCUCCCCGAGACGAACCACCACUGCGACUCUGUAACUCCGAGUCCUCCGCCCGUCUGCGUCCAAAACUCCGUGAGCCAAAGCACUUCUUCGUCCAGUUCUUGCAAGGAGCCCGUGGUUUACCCCUGGAUGAAGAAAGUCCAUGUAAACAUCAUGAACCCAAAUUACUCGGGAGGGGAACCAAAGCGCUCGCGGACAGCCUACACGAGGCAGCAGGUUUUGGAGCUGGAGAAGGAGUUCCACUACAACCGCUAUUUGACCCGGAGACGCAGAGUGGAGAUUGCCCACACCCUGUGUCUCUCUGAGCGUCAGAUCAAAAUAUGGUUUCAGAACCGACGGAUGAAGUGGAAAAAAGACCACAAGCUGCCCAACACCAAAGUCAGAUCCACUGCUUCAAGUAGCACAAACUCAAACAGCAGCCAGGUGCUGGGGAGCUCUCAGAACCGAACCAGUGGGCCCCCGCCAAGCCUAUAGCCCUAUGCACGCCUGUCCACGCACCACUUAGACCUCAGCCUCUCCAAGGUACAAAGGAUGAACCGUGGGCCUGCCAUUACCUCGACGGCCAACAUUGUCCCGAAUAAAUGAUUCCCGCUUUCUGCGAUAAAUGACGUUUUUAAACUUCUUUAACCGUCUUUAUUUAAAAUCUCAAAGACCAACAUUCUUGAUUUUUCUGUCAGUUUGCAUAAAAUGCUUGAUCACUACAGCACACCGUCCGUGAAGAAGACUGAAAACGUUGGUUAUUUUGAGAACUUAUUAUUGCUUUAGGUUUCCAAACAAACCACGAAUUGAAUGAGGGUAUAUUAUUCAUCACAAUGUCUGAAGUGAAAGACGGCAUAAUUUGCAAAAAUGCAACUCACCCAAAAGAGUAAAAACAAAAAUCCCUUGAUUAAAAGAUGCAUUUUGUCGCAGUGACAUACUUUUUGUUACGUCUGAUGUGGUUUUGUUGUCCCAUUUUG